AUGAUGAACGGAAUCAAGCACGAAUUAGUGGGCUCGGCAUCGGCAGCAGCUGCUGCAGCCGCAGUCUAUCCAACACCUCUUCUCUAUACUCCAACGCCAUCAUGGAUGGGUCCGGACAAUUUUUCGGAAAUGAACAGUUUUGGUCUCUAUCAUCCGCAUUCGUAUUCGACCGGCUAUGAUCGACAUCACCAUCAUCAUUCGGUAUCAUCAUAUUCAUCCUUAGCCGCAGCAGCAGCAUCCUAUCGUAAUUCCAUAUCUCCAUUGAACAACGAUUUCAAGAAUGAAAAAGUCGAACCGUACAUUCCAAACUCCAACUCCAUACAUCAUAGUCCUGUUCAUUGUGUUCCAUCGACAUCCGCUAUAAUGCCUGGCAAACCUUCAUUUAAUUCCAUUGAUGAAGAAAAAAACUCCUCGACAUCGUCGUCAACGUCCAAACUAGCUGAUACUGACGAACAGCAGCAACAGCAAUUACUAGCACGUGCGUCUCCUCCACCAGUAUCGAACAAUAAAACGAAAAAGCCAAGCAAUUCUCAUGAGAUAUCUACGGGAGGGAAGAAACGUAAACGACGCAUUCUAUUUACUAAACAACAAAUCGCAACACUUGAACAGCGUUUCAAUGCUCAACAUUAUCUAUCUGCACCGGAAAGAGAACUACUUGCUAAACAUAUUGGUUUAACUGCAAAUCAAUGUAAAAUCUGGUUUCAAAAUCAUCGAUACAAACUAAAACGAGCCAAACAAGAAAACUCAUCCAAAGGUGUUUCUUCGUACACCGAUCUUUGUUUUGAUCCAAAUAAUUCUUCUCCACCACCGUCUACCCAACAACCGAUUCGUCGUGUACCUGUUCCAUUACUUGUUCAAGACGGUAAAUCGCUCUACGGUCCACCAGCUUCUUCCUCGUCUCCAAUAUCUUCCUCAACAUACGGGACCAUUCUUAAUGAUACAACUCUGUCAGGUACAACCACAUCAACUAAUCCUUCUUCCUCAUUUGAUACAUCAGCAUAUAAUGUCUACAUGCAAUCCAUCGGUUAUCAUCCUCAUCAUCAUCAAUAUCCAACAUUGAAUAGCCAAUUCCAUAGUUCAUAUGAAAAUUGUUUUCGACAACAGCAACCUGGUCAAACGGCAGCUUGGUCAACAAGUCCUUGGCCAUAG